AAUUAAUUAAUCUUUGUUUUUUUGGUGAAGAAAGAAGGAAUAAAGAAACGGGAAAAAGGACCUAACAUCUAUUUCAGCAUCAUUAACAUCAAAUGCUCCAUCAUUAAUAUCAAAUUUAUCAGCACAAUCAUUUGCCAUAAUACCAAUUGACACUAGUCAUUCAUUAAUUGAUCCCCCAUCACCAUUAUCAUCAACAUCAUUAUUAUCACCAGUAGUAGUUUCUAUUGAUGCAAAUAGGUCAUCAGUGAGCCCAUCUUCUCAGCCUACUUCACCAUCAAUAUCUGCAACAACAUCUUCAAGAUCUGCUGAUAUUAGUCAUGUAUGUGUAUCAGUAUCCUAUGUAAAUGAAUUUUAUGCAAUUAUAUCAACAAUUUACACAUACUUCACCGUAUCAGGUGUUAACAACGAACGUUUUCGAGAUGCGCAAGUGCAAUUACAUCUAGGUUUUAACACAGUCGGUCAACGUGAUGAUAAUCAAUAUGAACAUUAUUAUAGAACGUGUAUUUAUUACCAAUUAAUUGAUAAUAUAUUAGUUGAGUUACGAGAUCGAUUUUCAUCAAGAAAUUUACAAAUUUUAUCAGGUAUAUCAUCAUUAUGUCCAGAGAGUGAUAAUUUUUUACAUUUCGAUACUUUAAAACCAUUUGCUAAUCAUUUAAAUGUUGAUCUCGAUGCAUUAUCAAAUGAGCUGAUGGUGGUGAAGCCAAUGCUACAAAAUAAAUUAUUAACUAGUAUUAUCGAUUUAUAUAUUGAAUUACAUCUAUUCAAAGAAGCUUUUUCAAAGCUUACUGCAGUCAUUAAAAGUACCAUGACUAUACCGGUGUCAUCAACCACUUGUGAACGUACAUUUUCGAAAAUGAAAACUAUUAAAACAACAGUUAGAAAUUCUAUGACUGAUGUUCGUUUGAGCGACAUUUAUUUAUUGGCUAUUGAACGUGACUUAGAUCUAAAUUUUGAACAGAUUAUUGAUGCUUUUUCAGAUAUUCAUAAAAAUAGUCGUAUUAUACUCAAAUAA